ACGUUCAGUAGAUGUACGUCCAUAGAACGAUGCAUAUUAAUAAGUGUUGAGAUACGCGCAAUAAGAAAACACCAAAAUGGUUUACAGUGUUAGUGAGCAAAAGUUAAGCGUAUUUAGUGCGCGGUAUCGCUGGCAGGUCAUAGCCACUAUGACAGUGAAUCUAAUGACCUUGACUCAUGGCAUUGGUAUUGGCUGGUUUGCGCCAUCGUUGCCACUACUGGGCUCCGAGGAAACGCCCCUCAACCAACCCAUCAGCGUGAAUGAGGUCUCCUGGGUGGGUGGUUUGGUCGGCCUGGGCGCCUUGGCAGGAAAUAUAAUCUUUGGACUCCUACUGGACCGCAUUGGCCGCAAACUGUGCAUGUACUUUAUGGCUAUACCCAAUAUGACCUUUUGGAUCCUUAUAUAUUUGGCUAAAGACGUUACAUAUAUAUAUGCAGGUCGUUUUCUUGCCGGCAUUUCAGGUGGUGGCUGCUAUGUGACAUUGCCAAUAUUCGUUGCUGAAAUAUCUGAUAACAAUAUACGUGGAGCAUUAUCUUCCAUGGCCAUGAUGUAUGUCAGCUUUGGCAUGAUUAUAGGCUAUAUACUCACCUCGUAUCUCAAUUAUUAUCUGAUGCCAUGUGUUGCUAUUAUAGUGCCAAUCGUAUAUCUAAUCGCCAUCUGGGGCUUACAUGAGACGCCACAACACUUGCUGCGAAAGAGUCACGAUGCUCAGGCAGAGAAAUCAUAUUAUUUCUAUAAGAAUCUGCCUAACAAUGAUGCAGCUAAAAAGGAGUUUGACACAUUUAAACAACAAGUGUUGAAAGGGGGUGUGAAACAAGAUGUUGGCUGGAAAGAUUUCUUCAAUAUACCCACGGUGAAGAUCUUUGCUCUAAAUUUAGCGCUGAUCGUUUGCAAUCAGCUGUCGGGCAGUUUCGCUCUGUACAACUACACUGCGCACAUCUUUAACAAACUGGAGACCCAAAUUGAUGUAAACACCUGCACCAUUUUAAUAGGUGUCAUGCAGGUGGCGGGCAUAUUGUGUACCGUUGGCUUGGUAGAUCGGCUGGGGCGACGUGUCCUGCUGCUCACUUCCAUAGCAUGCAUGGGUCUGGGCGAGCUGUCUAUUGGUUUGCUCAAGGACCUAUCCACUAAGGAGUUUCUGGCUGGUGCUAAUUGGCUAUCGCUGUUCCUCAUGUGCUUUGUAUCAUUUACAGCAUCCCUGGGCGUUAUACCGGUCAUCUUUGUUGUUGUCGUCGAACUACUGCCCGCUAAGAUACGCUCCCUUGGCACGUCCAUAUGCAUGGCCACAUUGAGCACCUUCAUCUUCGUCUCGCUCAAAAUAUAUCCGCUUAUGAUCUUUGGCCCCGGUUUGGCAGCCACCAUGUACAUGUCGGCCGGCUUUUGCGGAUUUGGUUUUACCAUAUUGAGUUUAUUUCUACCAGAGACCAAAGGCAAAGAGCUGACGAACUAAUUGUUGGCGCGUGUGAAAAUCAAAAAUGAUGAGAUGACUUCAACAUUGCCAUCAAUCCCAGCGGCCACGCCAAAUUGUCGCUUUUGUAUCGGUAACUCGUUGCAUAAGUUGCUUUUGGUAUUGGGAUUACCAACAUGUGAAUGUGUCUGUGCAAAUACGAAUAUGGUUACGAGUACUCGACGCUUCUCAAGACAUUGCAGUCAAAGCAACACAGUCAAAUGUUGCCACAAAAAAAAAUAAAUAAAUAAAUAAAUACAAAUAAGGGCAUGUCAUGGUUCAUCCUGAACUAUUGAACUUAAUUCAAUUUCUGUUUGGCCGGAUU